GAAUCUCCAAAAUUUUGUCCGGACCAAAAAGAGCGACAUCCGAUGUGAGAGGAUCGCCGCCCAGAGAUGCUGAGGUCAAGAGAGGGGUCCUACACUUGGAUGAACCGGGGGAGGAGAGAGCACCGCUAGGCUGUCAUGUAAGCUGUCUCCUCUGGGGGCCACCUCUCGGUUUGUGCUGCUUCCUGCCUCAGGUAGAAGCCUCAGUCUUUCUGCUGCUGUGGCUUCAGGGCUGCUCUAUCUCUCCUCUCUGCUCCCUCCAGCUGAGCAGGCAAAACAUCCUCUGCUCCAAGCACGAAAAUGGAGAAGAUCUGCUCAGAGUGCACAGAGCCGACACUUGCACAGAGUCUCUGUACGCUGUGCAACAAGUGGCUUUGCUACCAGUGCACCGAUGUGCACCAGCACCAGAGAGCCUCCUCCCAGUAUACAGAUUUGUUCCAGCAGCAGCAGCAGAGGCCCAGUGCUGCCCAGUGUGCUGAACUUCACCAGAGAAGCUCCAGCUCACUGCCUCCUACUGGACAAGGCCCUGGGUCAUAUCCUUGCUCCUUCCUCAUGUGCCACGCUCACCGACAGGAGCCCUUGGAACUUUUUUGUGAGUCAUGUGACCUUUUGUGCUGCAGCAGCUGUCACCUGUCCUCCCACAAAAACCACAGGGUGGUGCAGAUUGGUAAGGCCCUGCAGGAUCAGCAGUGGCUGUUUGAAAACCUGAUGAUGCAAGUUGAAGAGAGACGGUCUUCAGUGGAAAACAGUGCAAAACAGAUGGAAGACAGACUGCAUGGAGUAAAGAUUGCCCACAGGAAGGCAGAGAACCAGAUUAAAAUGGCAAAGAUGAUUAUGAUGAACGAGCUUAACAAACGAGCCAACCUAUUAAUAGAGCAACUGGAGAAGAUUUCUGAGGAGUUUCAGCAGCGUCUGGAGGACCAGCUGCAGGGGGCAAUAGAGAUCUGUGGCCAGCUGGACCACAUUCAGAAGUUCAUCAACUGGGCCACGACCCAUCACCGCAGGGGCCCGGUGCUAUUCAGCAGAGCUCUGAUAUCUCUUCAGAUGCAGCAGCUGCUGGAGGCGUCUCUCCACACAGAUUCCUUGAGUCCUGUCAAGAUCAAAUUUAACUGGGAUGCCAGCUACUGGACAAAGCAGAUUUCCUCUUUUGGUCAGCUGACUGUUGAGGGGGGAAAUUGCACUUAUCCUUCAGGAUUGGCCUGUUCCAGUAUUUUAAGGCCCCAGCCCAUGGCCUGCUUGGCUCUACCUGCCCUGUUUCACCGAGGUCGUGAGCCGGGCUGUGGCUACCAGGCCUGCUGUGAGCCUCAGAUGUGUUGCCUACACAACAUCCCCCCUCAGCUGGAGCUGGCCACUCUGGACAAAAGCCAGAUGGAAAGCACUCUGUGUAACUCCAGCUGUACUCAGCCCACUCAUUUUCCUGCUUCACUGCGCCAGAGUCAGCAGCUCCAGAGGUUUUGGGAGACAGAAAGCUCCCUCAAGCUCCCUCCUCCAACAUCUUCUCUCCCGGGAGCCAUCCAGCUCAGCUGCAGCCAAGGAGCUGCAUCACAAGAUCCUCCAUCUUUAACUUAUGUCUCCUGUCAUCAACUCCAGAAAGAAAUUGCUCCAGACAGCCAGGCGCACCUCAGUGCUGACCGUAGCGGUCCGGGUCAAUGUAAGGGGAAGGUGUCUAUGAAACCGUCUCUGCAAAAGGAGGUCAGCCACAUUUUGAGGGACAAAGAUGUGAUGACUGAGGAGAACUGGGAGGAGAGGCAUGGCAGUGAGAAGACCUGUGGACAGAUAGCAGAAGAUGAAAGCAGAGAACUUCUGGGUGAGGAGCUGGAGGCAGACAGAAGGGAUCAGAGCCAAGUCCAGCUGCAGGUUCAGGCUUGUGUGGCUGCAGAACAGCAGAGGACCAGACCUGCUUUCACUCUCAGAGUCCAUAGAGAUGGCAAGAGGUCCACGUCCCUGGAGUUGUCUGCCAGAGCCCACGAACAUGCUUCUGAUGUGCAGAGCUGCAGGCUUAACCCCAGUUCGGUGUGCACCACCAGGAAGAGGCGCUCCCGGAGUAUCCCAACAGAGCUGGCAGCCCCACCCUCCAGCCCCUACACUGAAAGGCAUGCGGCAGGAUGCACAAAUGCUCAGGAAGCAGGGCCUGCAAAGAAGUAUGAUAUCAUGGAUCUAAAACAAAGGAGAGCUUCAGAUGGAGGACUCUGUAUCGUCAAUGAAACUGACCCAACCCCAUCCAAAGGACUGUCUCCUUCCCUGCCAUAUAAGACUGAACCAGAUCACCCAACUGCUUUUGUUUAUGAAGAGAUUCAUUAUGGAGCCAAGGAGAAGCACAGAUUACCAAGAAGUAGCAUCAGCAGUAAUGGAGAGUCUCUGAAGGACUCGAGGUCUAAGGUUCCAGUGGUUUGCUUGGAGCGUCUCAAAAUACUUGUGUCGCAGCUCCCCCCACAUGGACGAAGACAGAGCGACCCUUUGCCCACCAGCGAGACGGAGAAGAGUGAAGUACCUUCUCAGCAGAGCCCAUGGCAACAGGAAACAGCCGAGGGGUCUGACACCAGAAGGAAGACUCUUUCACUAAAGGUGCAACCUGCUCGCAGCCCGUCUGCCACUUACUCUGACUCCUGUGAGUUCAGCCACGACAACAGGCGACUCGGCUCCCAAACAACAUCCACACAGCUUCCUACUAACUCCAAGUUUGUACCAGAAAGUUAUUUAGCCCUUGAUCUGGACUCUGACUCAGAUCCCAGGUCAGUUUUGGAGGACGUCAUCUGUUAUUCAAAUGAUCCAGAGCCACCCCUGAACUCUGACGGAUCGGUUGACUCUGAUCCGAAUGCAGCAUCUUCCUCUGAGGCUGAGUUUGAGCUUGUAGCUAGAAGGGAAUCCUCAGGCUCACGUGAGAUGAGGCAGGAUUCAGACCCGAGCCUGGAGUAUGAGGCAGAGCCAGAUAUGGAUGCAGGGUCAGACGAAGGUCAGGGGUUGGGUGCUGAUCCAGAAUCAGGGGAUGCAGAGACAGAGUCUGACACCCAGCCUGAAUACGAUCCAAACUUUCAGGUAGAAACAGACUCGGAUGCUAUUUCUGGACAGCCUCCAGAUUCUCAGGGCUCUGUGGAAUCUGAUCUGGACUUGGAGUCUGAACCUGAACCUACGACUGACGACCCCCAGCCGCUCCGUUCUGACCAGGAGGAGGAACAGCAGAUGGGUCUGGGCCCGAGGCAGCUUCUAAUCGCAAACCCCCCCGCUCAGAGGGACACUGACGAUGUUCAGGAGGAGCAGGACGUGGAUCAGAUGGAGAGCGAGGACUUCUGUGCUGUCUGUCUGAUAGGGGGGGAGCUGCUGUGCUGUGAUCGCUGUCCCAAAGUCUUCCACUUAUCAUGCCACGUCCCUCCGCUGCUAAGCUUUCCAAUUGGCGACUGGCUGUGCAGCGUUUGCAGAGAUGUUUCACAUCCUGAAGUUGAAUACGACUGUGAGAAUGAGAGGUCAUCUGGAGCGAGCACCUCACACAGACUGUCUCCUUGUGAUCAGAGGAAAUGUGAGCGACUAGCUCUUCUCAUUCUCAGCAACAUCUUGAGUGCUCCUUUCCACGAACCUGUCAGUCCACUAGCACGUCAUUACUACCAGAUCAUCAAAAGGCCAAUGGAUCUGUCUGUGAUCAAAGCCAAACUUAAUAACAGCAGUCCAAGACAUUACAGCUCCCCGGACCAGUUCGUAGCUGAUGUUUAUCUCAUGUUCCGCAACUGUGCAAAGUUUAAUUAUCCGGACUCUGAGGUGGCCCAGGCAGGCCGCAGCCUGGAGGCGUUCUUCACGUCGAAGCUGAAAGAGGUUUUCCCAGAUAGAGAUUUCCCUUUGGCUGAGGCCGACUCUGACAGCGAUGAGUACGAUGAGACCUGCAGGGCUGCCGACGGCAGCUUCCUGUGGCCAGAGAGGCGGGAGCAGUGCCACCGGAAGAGGAAGAGGAGGCAGUCCCUGAAGUCCAGGAGGCAUCACUUUUAAGUUAACAGCGAUCAGAAUGAAACUGUAUUUACAAGAAGUUGUUUUUAUCUUACUAGAAACAUUUCAAGUGACAGCCUCUGAGUUCAUAAAAAGAUAUUUGUGAAAUCAUAUUUAGUUGACCAAUGACAAUGUGGUUUGUUUUAAAAUGUCAGUACUGCCAUCUGAUGGUGGCUAAACAUAUUUUCUGUAGGUAUUCUUCCUCCAGGCAGCUAAUCUGAGGAGCUGAACGAUGAGGGAUAGUUUUGGUGGCAGAGUUUAUGGAGAUCCUCUUGUAGCCAUAAACAAGUUUAAUGCGUUACUAUAAAAGCUUCUUUAUCAUAUCACAGUAUAACCCCAUGAUGCACUGCAAUGCUUACUGCUUUAUCUAUUUACAUGUAGACAUGUCAUGCACGCUUUCUGCUCUACUGUAUGCUGUAUUGUACAGACAGGAUGUAGCUGGAUGUUUUUUGGAACCUCAUAUUACUACUUUUUUAAGUGACAUGAUCCUCGUUAUAAACAAAAUGUUAAAAUGUUAAUGCUGGUAAAUUCUGCAAUGUUUUACUGUUAUCUUGUAUAAGAAACACUUCCGCUGUUGUUUCCCAUUAGUUUCCUCUUUAUAUAAUGUUUUUUUGUUUUGGUCAUUCGAAAAUUAACUGAAAAUUGUCUCUUAAUUAGUUCUUCUGGUAAGAAAAAGGGUGACAGGCUGUGAACACAACAGCUUCAGUUAAAGCUGUAAGGAUAAGAGAUAUAUGGACUAUAAAAAUAGAUUUAUAUUGAAUCACAAAUAUUUAAGCAAAUUCAAUCAAUGCUGUACAAAAAGCCGUACACAUUUAUUGAAAUUGAGACUGAAUAAGAGAGUAUUUCAUAGAUAUAUGGAAAUUUGCAACACCUCGAAUAAUUUACUGUUUACAGAUGUUUUAAGCUACUGCAUCUCAAAGGAAACAUCCAGACUUUUCCACCUGGUGCAUAAAUUUAUUAUACAAAUUAUUUAAUCUUGUAUUUCCUUUUGUUUUAAGGAAGACUGAACAAGUUAACUAUUAUCUAAGUUUUUUUCUCUCCCUUUUAAUUGUAAACGUUUAACUGGAACACAUUAACAAUAUACUCGCUGGUUUAAAUGUAUACCCAUUGAAAGUGUCAUUAUUUCUUAAAUAAAUAGGACAUUUGA